CGGUAUCGUGUGUGCGUUGACGCAGCCUUUCCUACAGCCGUUAGUCUAAUUUAUAUAUACACGCGCAUGUAUAAAUAAUGUAUUUCAAUAUUUUUAGAUCGUAGUCAACGAGAUUUUCUAUUCAACGUUGUUUAGGAUUUAAUUGCCACUAAAGUCGAGUUUUCUAUUCGAUAAACAAAAACAUGCGUACAGUAUAUCAAUGAUGACUUAGCGUUUUUUUUGAAUGUCAAACCUAAUAGAUUUUAUAAUUUCUUAAAUGAAGUGAAUCACAUUAUACGCUAAUAGAAAUACAGAGUUUCUCUUGACCUAAAAUUGUCACUGAGUGAGGUUUAAACAGUUACACUCUUGUUAAAAAAAAAAAAAAAAAAAACUAACGCAACGUUAGUUAUCACUUGUGCGUGUGCAAAGUGAUAAUUGAUUAAGUCGUAUUUUGUUCCAAGAUAUUAAGUUUGACAAAUACACUUGGGCAAGUAUGACUGACAACACCCAUAAAGUGAAAAACGAAGAAGACGAUAAAGAAUUGAACGCUUUGUUGGACAGCGCUUUACAAGAUUUUGACAAAGUGUCAUUGAAUGCCGAAUCUAAGAACACCGAAAGCACUUCGGACUUACAAAAGCAAUCGGAUAAACACGAAACAGAUAAACAUGAAACAACGGAAACGCCUGAAGAUAACUGGACGGAAGAUUUCCUUAAACAAACAGCUAGUCAAUUUGAAAAAGAUUUUGAGACCUUGUUACAAAAUGGCGAUAGUGAACUAGAAGCUGCUUUGAAUAAGAUCAGACAAUUGUCAAUCAGCGAUGCAACAGACGAAACAGGCACAACAAGUAACACAGACUUUCAAUCGACCAUUUCACAAGUUUUAAAGGACCUGACUGCAAAUUCUGAAAAUUUAAAGAAUGAUUCAGACUUAGCAGCUAUGCUUGGACAAGCAUCUCUUGAUGGCGGAACUGACUUAUUACCGUUUAUGCAAGGAAUGAUGGAACAACUUUUAUCAAAAGAGAUACUGUAUCCGUCAUUAAAAGAAUUGGCAGAUAAAUAUCCGAAAUGGCUUGAAGAACACAAAGCAACUUUGAGUUCUCCCGAUUUGGGAAGAUAUACGAAACAAUCGGAGUUGAUACAAAAAGUAUGUGCUGAGCUGGAGAAAGAAACAGAAACCGAUACGGAUAGUGUAAAGAAACAACGGUUUGAAUAUAUACUGAAACUGAUGACGGAAAUGCAAAGUUACGGCCAAGCACCAGAAGAUCUUGUUGGCGAACAGAAUUCUUUCUUUCAGUUCGACUCUGAAGGAAAUCCCAUUCUUCCAUCACUUGGAGAAAAUUCCCCGCAAGAUUGUCGUAUUAUGUGAAUAAACUUAGCAGCUAGCGUUUUUUUAAUCAACUAGUAAAUAUUACAUUUGUUUUUAUUAAUUUUCACUUUGGAAAUAGCGAAUUUUAUAUAACUUUCUGUGAUAAAAUUUCCUAAAUAAAUACAUGGGAAAAAUGCAUCGCAAAUUCUGCUCACAGUAUGUACACAUCGAGUAUAUAUCGUUUUACUUCAAAGUUAAUUCUACGAAUAUAAUAUAAAAAACAAAAAGCUGCACAAAUUUUUUUUUUCCCCCCUACUGGAUCUUUUUGGUUAAAACAUUUUUACAAAAGACAAAUCAGUUUUAAAUUUACUACAAAAUUUGUGACUAGAAACAUUUUGUAUAAACAACGUUGUUAUGUUUUAUAUAGGUAGUGGUUGUUUUGUCUUACAUAAAGAUAGUGUUAAACUAAUAUUCUCUAAUAAUAAAUGUAAAUGGAGAAUGGAAACACAACAUUUUGCAACGUGGAAAAAGUCUUAUAAGUUAUGAAAUAUUAUAAUAAAAACCAUAUACUUUGAUGAAUAAAAUUUA